CUAUUACCAGAAUCACCAAGAUGGUUAGCAAAUAGAAACAGAUGGGAUGAGGCAACCUACAAUAUUUGUAGAAUUAAUAAAACCGAUAUCCAUAAUAUUUCUGAAGAAGUCGCAAUUCAACUUGAAGAGAUGAAAAUACAAGUUUCAAAUGACAAAGAGGCUGAAAUGUUUUCUUAUCUUGAUUUAUUUAGAAAGAAAACUCUUCGAAAGACUAUUGUCGGGAUGUCAGCUCAAAUGUGGCAACAAUUAUCUGGUAUUAAUGUAAUGAAUUAUUAUAUUGUUUAUAUCUUCGAAAUGGCCGGUUAUACAGGGAACACUGCAUUGGUGGCUGGAUCUAUCAACUAUUGUGUUAAUUUAGGUAUGACAAUAAUUUCAUUAUUUGUUGUUGACAGAAUAGGAAGAAGACCACUUUUGGUGAUUGGGGGAAUGUUUAUGUGUGGAUGGAUAUUUGCCGUUGCUGGUAUACUAGCAGUCCAUUCUGUUCGAGUCCCUGGCGGUGUUGAUGGGGACCCUACAGUUAGUAUUUCUAUCCCUGAUACAGACAAACCUGCUGCAAAAGGUGUAAUUGCUUGUUGCUAUUUGUUUGUGGGUACUUUUGCAGUUACAUGGGGUACUGGGAUUUGGGUUUAUUGUUCCGAAAUUUUUAGUAAUACAGAAAGAGCCAAAGGUGCCUCUAUAUCUGCCACUAUGAAUUCAAUCUUCAAUUUUUCUAUUGGUUUGUUUGUUCCAAGUGCAUUUGAGAAUAUUACAUGGAAAACAUAUAUAGUAUUUGGUGUGUUCUCAGUCGUUGGGACGAUCCACGCAUUUUUGAUGUUCCCAGAGACCAAAGGUAAAACCCUGGAAGAAAUCGAUCAAAUGUGGGAUGCAAAAAUUCCAGCUUGGAGGACUUCCUCUUGGAAACCAAUUAUACCAACCAAUGUUGUACAUGAUGGAUUCAACAUCAACUCAACAGAAGAAAGUUCUUCUAACAUGCUUGAUGAAGAUGAUGUUAAUAAAGAAAUAGAGAAACCAGAUACCAAUCACAUAGAGGAUGCUGGAACAAAUUCCCUCUAA